ACUAAUGCAUCAAUAAUGAACUGUGUUGUAACUUUGUGGCAAAUACGUACCGGGAAUAUUCAUAGAAACAUCAAAGGACGACGUCAAUUCAUCGCUCACAAGUUCGGAAUUAAAUUACAUUGUACAUAUUACUCACGCAUUGAGCAACUUGUAUAACACUACAAUCGUUUAGACACGCAACUGUUUGUAGAGACCCAAAAUUCGCACAAAGCAUCCCCCAUCGAAUUGGAAACGGUGCCAUCGGCAACGCGUGUCCUUGGCAGGCACGACAAAACGUCAAUGAAAUUUAAUAUUCCGUGUAUGAUAACCCAGUUAUCAUGAGGUAAAACGGAAUAUAAAAACCGGCAAGUGCGGCACGGCAUCCCUCGAGGCCAGUCAAGCCUGCCCGCCCGCCGCCGCCGCACGUAAGCUACAUUUCGCUACGAAGUUGCUACGCACCCACGCCGCGCUACACUUUUCAGCACACGACUAAUUCCUGAAUAAUGUUUGGGCUAAAAUGUGUUUAAAAUACACAAUGAAAACAAUAACUCAAUCCGCGAGAUGAGUUUAUUUGUAGACCUGAGGCAGAUCAGAACGUCGGUUACGAACCUGUCGGAAAUGGUUGACAAGUUGUCCUCUUCAGUUCGGAGGGACUCUCUAAAAGAGGAAGUUUCUAAAACAUCAGAACCAAUGGCCUACGGAAGUCCGAUGUCUUCCAUAUUUAAACCGACGACCUUGGGGUUCGGUGUAAGAUUUUCCAGUCAAGAAGAUAUUUACAAGGACAUGCCUUCAUCUAGGCUACGAAGUCACAUGUCACUUCCUAAUUUAGGAAAAACUGAAGCUGCCUUUGACAGGGCGUCCUCGUCGCGAUUUGGAGAUCGCCCUAAAAUAGUAGAGAUCGACGACGAGAGGGGCAGCAGGCAGACCAUACAGAUAACGUCAGAGGAACUCAGCGACUGGAUCGUUGCCUCGAUCAACAGACGACCGCACUUUGAUGACAACGGUGACAUUCAUCCAAUGGAUUUUUUGGAAAAUGUUAAAUAUUUUAUCGACGAGCUAAAAAUGUCCCCAGAAAAACAGUUGGCUUUUAUAAUAUCCUGUCUCGAUGGAGUACCUUUGAUGUGGGCUCGGUGUUUUCGGAGUGAGUUUAAAGAUGUCGAGAGUUUUUACGCUACGUUCGAGCAGGAAUUUUGGGGUCCAGAUAGACAGAAGUCAGUGUUGUACGACAUGAAACUGGGGAAAUACGACGAGGGAAGUUCACGUAUGAGUAUGUCGGAGUAUUUUCUGCACAAAGUAUGUAACUACCGUCACUUGAGCCCGCCGCCUUCGGACUUGGAGAUAGUGUACUCGUUGGCGGCGCAUUUUCCGUCGGCUGUGGAACUGGAGUUGCGCCUCGCCCCAAAGCCCACGCUGCGGGACGCGUACCGCGCGCUGCGGCGAAGGGAAGGGGAGUCCGCGGAGUUCCUCCCCAACUAUCUGUAUGAGAUGUGCGAGGCGUUCCAGCGCGGCUCGCGUCCCGAGUCCACCAGGCGUCCGGACUCGUCACGUUCCACUUCUAAAGCAGACGGAUAUAAAAUUAAUAAAUAACCAUUUAAGUAAAAUCUUUAAACUAUAUAUUUUAAUACAACACUGUUCUUGUGUAGAUACUAUCGCACUACAUAGUUAUUUUUGAAUCUAUUACCUAUAAAGCAAAGCAAAAAGUGCGUGCACAGCCGCAACAAAAUUAUUAGUAUAGGUAGGUACUUUAGGAAACCAGCUUCAUAUUAAUUAUAAUGAAUCGAAUAUAGAGAAGAUAUGUAG